GCGGUACUUCUUGCAGCUAUUUUUACGACUCAGUCACUGUCGCUCCUUUGAACCCUAGCGUUUUGUUUACUUCUUGCAACUUGGGAUUUAGAAAGUAUGUCGGAUAAAAAAGGUAGAAAGAAAACCCAUCUUAAGGUUGUGGUUGUGGGCGAUGGCGCUUGUGGGAAAACUUGUCUUUUGACUGUUUAUGUUCAAAAAAAGUUUCCCGAAGAAUAUGUCCCUACCGUUUUUGAAAAUCAUGUCAGUGAAGUUUCUUGUGACGGCAAAGAUUACGAGCUAGCAUUAUGGGAUACAGCAGGACAAGAAGAAUAUGAUCGCUUGCGUCCAUUAUCCUACUGUGAGACAGACUGCAUUGUAGUAUGCUUUGCCGUUGAUAUGAGAGACUCUUUAGAAAACAUUGAACCUAAAUGGAUUGCUGAGGUUAAGCACUACUGCCCUAACGAGCCCAUUGUCUUGUGCGCUUUGAAAGUUGAUCUGCGGGAUUCUGAGAAGGGAUGCAUUUCUAGAGAAGAAGGACAACAACUUGCUGACAAGUUGAAUGUCGCUUAUGUUGAGUGCUCCGCAAAAAAUAAUGAAAAUGUAAACUUAGUUUUUGAAACUGCUAUUCGUGCUUGUAGCAAACCCGUUCAGAAAUCUUUUUGUACUCUUUUGUAACUUUUGAGGCUCACUUCACCUCUUCAGUUUCG